CCUCCCUCAAAGCCUCUUUCUCGCGGGCAAUUGUCACAUCUUGCACGGUUUUCUUCCCAGAGCAUUACGUUCUUGGUUGGUGCCUCACUUCGAACCGCUAACCCUGAACCAGCUGAGCCGAGAGUAUCGCAGCAAUGGCUGUCGCCACAUCGUCGUCCCUUGCCCUUUUUCGGGUGGUAGCUUUCCAGGCUUCGAGCUUAGAUGCCAAGUCGUUUGCCUCAUCUCGGGCAUCACUCCCGAACGCGCAGCGGUUUAUGACUCGCCAGUCUGCAUCAGCGGUGCGGUCCCGAAGCUCCGUCGUGCGAUGUGCUCAGAAAGCCAUUCAUGACCCCCCUGUGGUGGCGGACACCAAGGCCGCCUUCCUCAAGGCGUACCCCAAGCCCAUUCCCAGCAUCUACAACACUGUGAUUCAGGAGAUUCUCGUGCAGCAGCACCUCACGCGCUACAACCGCACGUACAAGUACGACCCGGUGUUGGCGCUGGGCUUCGUGACGGUGUUCGACCAGCUCAUGGACGGCUACCCGUCGCCGGCGGAGCGCGACGCCAUCUUCAAGGCCUACAUCGAGGCCCUGGAGGAGAGCCCCAAGACGUACCGCGAGGACGCAACGCGCCUGGAGCAGUGGGCGGCGGGGCUCACGGCGGACGAGCUGAUCGACCUGGGCAGCAGGGAGGGCGACGUCGAGCGCAGCCUCCAGGAAAUUGCGGAGCGUGCGAAGGCUGGCACCUUCCACUACAGCCGUUUCUUCGCCGUGGGUCUGUUCCGCCUGCUUGAAAUCGCCAAGGCCUCCGAACCCGCCACCCUCCAAAAGCUGUGUGAGGCGCUGGGCAUCAGCCAGAUGAGUGUGAACCGGGACCUGGACGUGUACCGAGGGCUGCUCAGCAAGCUCACCCAGGCCAAGGAGCUUCUGCAGGACUUUCUACAGAGGGAGAAGGCAAAGAAGGACGAGCGGGAGCGGGAGAAGGCUCAAACUUCCAAGGAAUAGAGCGGCGUCAUGGACUCAUCAUGGAAUAUUAGGGACGUCCUAUUAGAUUCUGCAGGCUUCUACAGUAGCAGUUUUGCCUGUUUUCCACUGUAACCCUGUGCAACAUGUGGCAUUUUGUAAAGCAGAAAAGAAAACGAUUAUGCUGUGGAUUGUGACUAAUAUCAUCACUUCUAAAC